AUGGCGGGGGGAAAUCAGGGCGGCUAUCGCGAACGUGAGUCCAGGGAGAGGGAGGUCCAUCUCGAGAUUUCUAGGAAGAAAGGAAUAAUCAAGGAUCGAUUUUGGGAAGGGCGUGAUCAGAGAAGGGAACAGGGUGAUCGUGAUCGCCCUGACCGGUCUCUUGAUCGUCAUUGGCACGCCCAGGAGAGAGCAUCUGAGAAUGGUUCCAACAGAUCGGCAUCCAGCACCAGCAAUUCUAGUUCCGGCAGUGCGGGUGUGAACGGAGACAGUAGGAGGCGGCCUUCUGGUAAAUCAGCAGACAGGGAACCUGGGGAGUUGUCCAGUGGAAGUGGAUCCGAUGACCCUGAUGCCAUCCAGUCUGAGUCCCGAAGUUGCGGUGUACCAGGCUUGGAAAACGGGAAGCAGUCUCCUGCCAAGAAGAGAAAAUUCUCUCCUAUUGUGUGGGAUAGGGAUGAUGGAAAGCCACCUAGGUGCGAUCCAUCACGAAGUAAGGACACAUUGAUUGAUGUUCCUCUACCUCCACCCCCACCGCUACCACAAGGGUUUGUCCCGUUGAACAAGAUCGAGGUGACAAACGCUGUAGAAAAAUUGUAUCCCGUUGAUGCUGAUGUUUCCUCUCCAUCACCUUCAGAACAGCACUAUGGCAAUAAUAUUGAACAUACUCAGUUAGAUGAGGAUGAGGACUACUACCCUGCGAGAAAUAUUUCUGCAUCACGGUGGGCAGAUGGGAAUAAUACUUUCGAGGAUGACGAAUCUGAAGUUUUUGGUGAGGGUGUUUUGCCUGACAGAAGGAAAAAUACUCCAAAAACUGAAGCUCUUGCCACAAUGUUUCAGAAGAAGGUUCCCACUCCUGAACUUGGAGAAGUCAUAGUCAGGGAAGGUUCUGAAGGUGCUGCUUCAAGAUCUUCUGAUUCAAGAGAACUGGGAGACAAGUAUCAGGAGAGUGAUGCAGAUAAGAAUAAUUAUAUGGAUUUGGAUUCUGCAGAUUUGCAUAAGGCUGCCGAAAAUCUAGAGUCAGACACAGAUUCCGAAGAGAAGAGUGAUUCUAUGAGAACUCCAGAACCGAUUCAGCCUCCACAACGGAGUAUAAACAUGCUACAAGGUUGUAGAAGUGUUGAUGAGUUUGAAAGGAUGAACAAGAUAGACGAAGGGACUUAUGGUGUUGUGUACCGGGCAAAGGACAAAAAGACAGGGGAUGUAGUAGCAUUGAAGAAGAUAAAAAUGGAAAAAGAGAGAGAAGGCUUUCCACUUACGUCUCUUAGGGAGAUAAACAUCUUGUUGUCUCUUCAUCACCCCUCCAUUGUAGAUGUUAAGGAAGUUGUCGUAGGUAGCAGUCUUGAUAGUAUUUUUAUGGUAAUGGAAUAUAUGGAGCAUGAUCUUAAGGGGCUUAUGGAGACAAUGAAGCAGCCAUUUAGCCAGAGUGAGGUCAAGUGCUUAAUGAUGCAGUUGCUAGAGGGUGUCAAAUAUCUUCAUGAUAACUGGGUACUUCACAGGUACUUAUGACCCGUAAAAGGCUGCCUUAUGCUUUUCUCUGUCUUCUGUUUGGACAUCCAAGCUUUUCUGACGCAUGGAGCUGGUGUUUUUCUCAGGGAUUUAAAGACAUCAAAUAUUCUGUUAAAUAAUCGUGGAGAGUUGAAGAUAUGUGAUUUCGGAUUAUCCCGCCAGUAUGGCAGCCCUUUGAAGCCUUACACUCAUUUAGUGGUUACGUUAUGGUACAGGUGUGUUGUAGACUGCACUAUAUUUUCUGUGUUGUUGUUUUCUUAUCGUUAAUAGUUGCAUAAGAUUCUACUCUUUUAAAAUGCUUUUCUGUGCUGUCUCUUUCUUUCGUGUUUCAUAUCUAUUUCUCGUUGUAGAGGAUCCAAUAUACUGACGUACUCAUUUUACUGUCAUGUUGGCAGAGCUCCCGAACUCCUACUAGGAGCAAAGGAAUAUUCAACUGCCAUAGACAUGUGGUCCUUGGGAUGCAUAAUGGCUGAGCUUUUAGCAAAGGAGCCAUUAUUUAAUGGGAAAACUGAAUUCGAUCAGCUUGAUAAGGUACCUUGUUUUCCUCAUACUGCCCGCCCUGAUUAUACUAAUCUUUUGAUUGAUUUAUUUUAUACUAAUUUAAUCUUAUUCGCUCAGAUAUUCAGGAUUCUUGGUACUCCCAAUGAGAAAAUUUGGCCAGGCUUUCCAAAACUACCUGGUGUUAAGGUCAACUUUGUCAAACAACCGUAAGCCACUUCUUUCCCAUUGUUACGAUCUUCUGUUGGCAGUAUCCUUUAAAUGAGAUCUUGGUCAUUCCUGGGUCUUGGUUUGUAACAAUUUUAGCAUGAGUUCGAUCUCACAUUUUUUUUUCUACUUUUUGAACAGGUAUAAUAAAUUGCGGGAAAAAUUUCCACCCACUUCCUUCUCUGGACGCCCCACCUUGUCUGAGGCUGGAUUUGAUUUGCUUAACAAGCUCUUAACUUAUGACCCUGAGAAGGUACCGUCAUAAAAGUUGCCACCACGUCAUUUGUAUAUUCUACUUUUCUAUCCUCCUGAUACAUGUCUCUCUCCCAAAAUGCAGAGCAUAUCAGCAGAAGAUCCCUUUAACCAUGAAUGUUGUUAUUCCUGAUGAAUCUUUACUUUUGUUUCUAACUUUCAAUUAUCUCUUAUUUUUUUUUCUCUUUUCCUUUGCAGAGAAUAGCAGCAGAAGACGCUCUUAACCACGAAUGGUUUCGUGAAGUUCCAUUGCCAAAAUCAAAAUCAUUCAUGCCAACAUUUCCCGCGCAACACGCUCACGACAGGUACUUGUGCUCAUUAUUUGGAAUGCAUCAAUCUAAAUGUUUGACCUUGUUCAUCUUCGUAUUGACCAACUAUGGAUUCUUUAGGCGUCUUCGAAGAGUAAUGAAGAGCCCAGAUCCACUUAAAGAGCAGAGGAUGAAGGAAUUGCAGCAAGGGGAAAUUGGUACUGGGAGUUUGUUUUCCUAA